UCUGUCAUUAGUAAAUUUUUAUAGUUUGUCUGUGGUUCGUUUGUUUUCUCGUUUCUCUGAUGUUUGUGAAAUAAACUGAAUCCUGAAACUAAAUCCAUUUUAAUCUCGAUUUUGUGUUAUUAAAACUCCAUCAAAAUGUCCAUGUUCCCUGGAACUGUGGCGUUUGACGAGUUCGGUCGUCCAUUUAUUAUUUUAAGGGAUCAAGAAAGACAGAAAAGGAUAACCGGUGUUGAUGCUCUAAAGUCACACAUCCAAGCGUCCCGUCAGAUUGCCAGUAUCCUCCGUACCUCUCUUGGUCCGCGAGGGCUGGACAAGAUGAUGGUAUCAUCUGACGGUGAGGUCACAGUCACCAAUGAUGGUGCGACAAUCCUCAAGCUCAUGGAUGUGGACCACCAGAUUGGGAAGCUCAUGGUGCAGCUGGCGCAGAGUCAGGAUGAUGAGAUUGGUGAUGGCACCACUGGUGUGGUGGUACUUGCAGGUGCCCUCUUGGAGCAGGCUUCCAAUCUACUCGACAAGGGCAUCCAUCCCAUACGUAUCGCCGAUGGUUUCGAAAUGGCCGCCGCCGCAGCCCUAGAGCACUUGGACAGCAUCAGCGAAGCAUUCCCAGUGAAUAAGGAUACGAGGGAACACCUGAUCAAGGUUGCCAUGACAACGCUCGGCAGCAAGGUGGUGGUUAAGUGCCACAGGCUGAUGGCGGAGAUUGCUGUUGAUGCAGUGCUCUCAGUUGCGGACUUGGAGAAACGCGACGUUAACUUCGAGCUGAUCAAAGUCGAGGGGAAAGUUGGUGGCAGGAUGGAAGACUCUAUGCUCGUGCGAGGUGUUGUCAUAGACAAGACCAUGAGCCACCCACAGAUGCCUAAAGUUUUGAAGAACGUAAAACUCGCGAUCCUCACGUGCCCGUUCGAGCCGCCGAAGCCCAAGACCAAGCACAAGCUGCAAGUUGGCUCCGUGGAAGAGUACAGGGAGCUGCGCCAGUAUGAACACGAGAAGUUUGUGGAGAUGGUGCGACGUGUUAAGGACACAGGCGCUACUCUAGCCAUUUGCCAGUGGGGCUUCGACGACGAGGCGAACCACCUUCUCCUAGCUGAACAGCUGCCCGCAGUGAGAUGGGUCGGUGGUCCAGAAAUGGAGUUGAUUGCCAUCGCCACCGGGGGUAGGAUUGUUCCAAGAUUUGAGGAGCUGUCCGCUGACAAACUGGGCAAUUGUGGUCUGGUUCGGGAGCUGACAUUCGGUACGUCCAAAGACGAGAUGCUGGUCAUCGAGGAGUGUUCCAACUCUCGAGCUGUGACAGUGCUGGUGCGGGGCGGCAACAGGAUGAUUGUGGAGGAAGCUAAGCGAUCGGUGCACGAUGCGCUGUGCAUUGUGCGCAGUCUGGUGCAGGACUCCCGAGUAGUGUACGGUGGCGGCGCCGCCGAGGUGUCCUGCUCGCUAGCAGUAGCCCGAGCUGCUGACAAGCUGUCAUCCCUCGACCAAUACUCAUACAGGGCUUUCGCUGAUGCCCUGGAGGCUAUUCCUUUGGCUCUUGCUGAGAACAGCGGUCUAUCACCCAUAGACACUCUGUCGGACAUCAAGGCGCGCCAGGCAGCCGAAAACAACAGCAAUCUGGGAGUCGACUGUAUGGGAUUGGAUUCAAAUGACAUGAAAGCGUUGAACGUCAUCGAAUCGUUGCACUCUAAGAAGCAGCAGAUCGCAUUGGCCACACAACUCGUUAAGAUGAUACUGAAGAUUGAUGAUGUCCGCUCGCCCACAGAUAAUAUGGAAUAAAUAACCCAUUUUAUACCUGACGAGUUGUUUUUUGAAUCACCAGACUGUAGGGAUAAUUUUAUUUUAGAUUUUUGCUCGGUUGUAUGAAUUUGUGAUCAAUUUUAACACAGAGAGUGGUAAAUAAAUAAGAUAUUUGAAGGAAAGUUGAAAAAUAUUUGGUUGUUAGCAUUUAUACAUACAAGGCAAAUGUUUGUUGUACAAUUUUCUUAUAGUUUGGUAUUUAGAAGUGAAACUCCAGUGGUUUAAUAAUAUUUGUGGGAGUAUAUAAGGUUCCGAUAGCUGGCGCUAGUAUCACUACGAUAAUGGGGAGAGUGUGUUAUUUUUUAUUGACGAAAUAAAAUAUAACCUCUUUUGAUUCAACUACGGUAUUUUUGAAGAUAGAACGAGCUUUAUGUUAUUGUCUAUGCCUAUGGAUAAGUAAUUCACUAAAUUGGAAUUAUUCUAAAUUAAAUGGGGUAAUUUUUUUUUUUAAGUAUCCAAGGUGUUAUUUUUUUCGAUAAAGUUAGUUACAUCUCGUGAAAUGCUGUAUUGAUAUUUUUAGUUGUACUAAACAUGUUAUGUCACAUACUUAGAUGUACUGCGUAUUAUUUUAUGUUUAAUUUAAUUAUAUAAUAAAAAUAUUUUAAAACAAGUAUUGUUUCGCAAUUUAACCCGACUAAUGACAGAUUUUUCAUUGGUCAUCGAAAUAUCAGUGCUUUUAAAAUCAGUUUUGAGUAAUCAAAGUUUUUGCACAAAACUUAAUAUACCAUGCAGUAGGAAUGUAAAAUUCAUUAAUUGCGAUGCAGCAGUCAUUUUUGGUCAGCACUUGGCACUAUUUGGUUUUUAGUGGCUGCUUGCAUUUUAAUAUUGUUUAAGUUUGUUCAUAUUAUAUGUAAUGGAUGGUGCGAUUCGAACAAAGCCUUGAAAUGAAUGCUUUAUUGUCUUAAUAAAUUAAUUAAUAACUC